GGGGCCAGUUACCGGACUGUGGGGGAUGGAGCACAGGGGGUCUGAACGUGCCCUUUUCGAGAGCUGGUCGCUGGGCAGCGCGUUCCACUUUGGAACGCUAAGCUGAGUGCUCCUGACAGCCCAUUACACACCCCGUGCCUAAGUGGGGCAGGAUGUCGCUGGGCGGCUCGGUGGCCGUGGGGGCCACGCACUGGCUGGAGGCUGCCCCACCGACAAAAUGCUAGCAGAUGUGCCCAGACACCCAUGCUCAGACGCGAAUGCUUCUCUUCGUGGAUGGAGACGCACAAGGCCAGAUAGAGGGAAAGCUGCUGGAGAGGCCGGGACUGCUGCCCUGGCUUAUUCCCCAAGUGCACCCCCACCCCUCAGGAGCCAAGCCUGGACCCAGAAUGGAUGACAAGAAGAAGAGGAGAAGCCCCAAGCCCUGCUUGUCGCAGCCUGUGCCCCCCACCAGCGCUCUGCGCAGGGUCCCAGUCCCUACCAGCCGAAGUGCCUCCUUCUCCUUGGGCCUCCCCCACCUUCCAUCCCCAAAGCAGCGGACCAAGUUUAAGAGGGUGACCAAGGAGAAGUGCCGCCCCGUGCUGGCUGGUGGAGGGGGUGCCCCAGCAGGUACACCCUUGCAGCACUCCUUCCUGACAGAGGUGACUGGCGUCUACGAGAUGGAGGGAGGGCUACUCAACCUACUCAAUGACUUCCAUUCUGGCCGGCUCCAGGCCUUUGGGAAGGAAUGUUCCUUUGAGCAGCUGGAGCACGUGCGGGAGAUGCAGGAAAAGCUGGCUCGGCUGCACUUCAGCCUGGAUGUGUGUGGAGAGGAGGACGAUGACGAGGAUGAGGCUGAGGCCGAAGGGCUGCCCCAUGAGCAGAAGAAAACUGUGGCUGAUCGGAACCUAGACCAGCUGCUUAGCAAUCUGGAGGACCUCAGCAACUCUAUGUAUCCUUUCUUGAGGAAGAGGACAAAAGCUGCACCUGGCAGAGAACGCAGAGCCUGAGGAGGCACCCACAGCCUAAGAGGGAAGCCCUUGGUGGGGACCCUUUCACACUUGCUCCCAGCCUCGGUUUCACCAGAUGGCUGGGGUGAGCAGCUGGCCUCUCGAAGAUCUGAGGGGAUGAGAAAGGAGCCCAGGCCCCUUCAUGACCUGACUCUGUGACCUUGACUAUGACCUGGCCACAGCCCUGGGAACUAUGUGACCCUGGGCCUUCUGACCCCAAAGACCCAGAGCUAUGACCCACCCCUUCUUGGGACUCGAGGCCCAUCACACGACUCUGAGUUCUGACCCAGGCUGUGACCCCCAGGUCCUCUGACCUCACAUGACCCCGAGCUCUGACCAGACUGUGCCCUCAAGCCCUCCGACUUUACGUGAUCUUGACCUCUGCCCCUGGCUGAUUUCCUCGGGGCCUCCUGGAUCUAUUCAGGCCGGGCCUCUGGCAGCUGAAUUAAACCUGAGGAUGGACGGA